GACACGUUCUGACCAGCUGUAUUCAAAUGUGCCAAAUGAAACCAAAAUGCAUAAACUUCUACAUAUUAGCUCUCAGUCUAUUACAAGGGAAAUUACAUGUAUCCGGUUUGGCAUCACCCCCAGCUGCUUAAGAUAAACAAAUUGACAAACGUACUUUGCGUGAGGCUGUGGAAACUGGCUGAAGAAGGGACGAGAGUGCGGUUAAAGUGCUGGUUAAUUGCCGCGCAGCUGGGGGAGGGGAACCAGUUUGAUAAAGCGGACUGGGGGGGUUGAACCAGGGACGGCGCUUUCCAGUAAAGGGGGGCAUCGCUGGCUGCACUGUGGGCUCUUCCUGUUAAUCCCAGAUCGGACCAUAUAAACAGGUAUAACGCGGAGAGGACGUUCAAUCAAUCCACGCCGCAAACCUUGGAUUAGGAUAAUACACUCUACUCCAUCAAAAAUGAAGGCAGACAUCAUCUGGAUUUACAAACUUCUCUUGUGUGUUGUGCUCGCUGUGAAUUCAGAGUGCAGGAAGCAGUUGUUGCAGCAGUACCAGAAGAGUGAGGACACCAGGCUGCUGUGUCCAGAUUGCCCCCAGCCCUCCAUGGUCAAGAACAGCCGCUCGCUGGAGCACUGUGCUCGCAAGUGCAGCAAGAACAAGAAAAACUUCACCUGCAGGGCAUUCUACUUUGACCAUCAAAACAGGAAAUGCCACUUGCUUCCCUUUGACCGCUUCAUGGACAGUGCUCACAGGGAACACAGGGUGAACUUUGACCUUUAUGAGAAAAAAGAUUAUGUGAGGGAGUGUAUCAUCGGUUCCGGGGUGAACUACAAAGGCAGGAGGGCGGUAACCAAGGCCAAGAUUCCCUGUCAGUCAUGGACUGAAUCCUUCCCUCACGAACACACUUUCCAGCCGGCGAGACUAGGCAAGAAGGACCUGAACGGGAACUUCUGCCGUAACCCCAAGAACGAGAGCAGUGGGCCCUGGUGUUUCACUACAGACCCAGAGGUCAGGCACCAAGAGUGUGGCCUGCCUCAGUGCUCCCAAGUGGAGUGUAUGAGGUGUAACGGGGAAGACUACAAAGGGCCGAUGGAUCACACAGAGAGUGGGAAGGAGUGUCAGAGAUGGGAUUCAUCCAAGCCCCACAGACACCCCUACCAACCUAAAAAGUACCCUGAUAAAGGGCUGAAUGACAACUACUGUCGGAAUCCGGACAACCGUUUGCGUCCGUGGUGUUACACCAUGGACCCACAAACACCCUGGGAGUACUGCAACAUCAGUGUGUGUGACCCAGGUAAUGACUCUGAUGUGGAUGCUACAUCGUCGUGUUUCAGGGAGCAGGGACAGAGUUACCACGGUACUGUGAGCGUCACCCCAUCGGGCGUCACAUGUCAACGCUGGGACUCCCAGUUCCCCCAUAACCACACCUACAGCCCGCAGAACUACAAGUGCAAAGACCUGAGAGAGAACUACUGUCGGAACCCAGAUGGUGCAGAGAUCCCAUGGUGCUUCACUACAGAUCCUAACCAGAGACUAGCCUUCUGCACCCAUAUACCCCGGUGUGAGACAGAGAACAUCGACACAGAAGAUUGUUAUGAGGACAAUGGAGGGAAUUACACAGGCAAUUUAUCCAAGACCAGAUCAGGAAUUCCCUGCGGACACUGGGCAAAUCAUAGCAACAGUGGAGAAUCCAGUGUGGGUCUGGAGAGGAACCUGUGCAGGAAUCCAGACCAGGAUAUGCACGGUCCCUGGUGUCACACUACAGACCCCUCUAUCCCAUGGGACUACUGCAAGCUCAAACGCUGUGAUAAGUCUCCGAACAUCUCUGCCCACCCAAGAAGCAUCUCUCUCGUGUCUAAGACAUCCUGCUUCAUCCACAAGACCACCCGGAUUGUUGGAGGGGCCCAGGUCCACAAGGCUAAGGAUGGUAGCUGGGUUGUCAGCAUCCAGAAAGGGAACACUCACUGGUGCGGGGGCUCGCUGAUCCGAGAGGAAUGGGUGCUGACGGAUCAACAGUGCUUCUCCUCCUGUGUUCCAGACCUGAGUGAGUACAGUGUACAGGUUGGCCUCCUUCACCUCAACUCGUCCUUGGACCACCCCAGGCUCCGCAUCGCACACGUGGUCUGUGGCCCGGAGGGAUCCAACCUGGCCCUGCUCAAACUGGCCAAGCCUGCCCCUCUCUCUGAGCAUGCCUUCACCAUCCAGCUCCCAGUAGCAGGCUGUGGGGUCACAGACGGAACCAACUGUCUCAUGUACGGCUGGGGAGAGACCAAAGGGACAGGAUAUGAGGGGGCACUGAAAGCUGUGAGUCUGCCCAUGGUCAGUAACGACUGGUGUUCUGAGCUCCACAACAAAACCCUGCCUGUCACCGACAGCAAAGUGUGUGCCGGGGGCAGGAAAGACCAGGGAGUGUGUGAGAGAGACUACGGUGGCCCAUUGGUGUGUCAGGAGCGAGAGAGCAAAGUCAUCGUGGGCGUGAGCAUCCACGGCCGGGGCUGUGCCCUGGCCCGGCGGCCCGCCAUCUUCGUCAAUGUGGCCUACUACUCGGGGUGGAUCCACAAAGUCUUCAUACACUACUCCAGGUUGGAGGAAAAACUACUGGAAGAAGCACAGACCAAACCGCUCCAUUCAGGACUGUACCACUAGCCUGCAAGAGGAUGGGUGGAGCAUUCAGGACUGUACCACUAGCCUGCAAGAGGAGGGUUGGAGCAUUCAGGACUGUACCACUAGCCUGCAAGAGGAGGGGUGGAGCAUUCAGGACUGACCACAGCACUGUAAGAGGAGGGGUGGAAUAUUUAGGACUGUACCACAAGCUGGGAGGAUGGAGAAUGAUCUCUCCAACAGAGGAUGUCUAACUAACAAGACGGUUGGGAGAUGUAAGAAUGAGGAAACUGACUUUAUGGAAAGUAGCCAUGUUGGGGCUUCGUGGCUGGACGUCGCCUCAGUUUUGGGAGGGGAAAACCACCAUGAAUGGAAGAGAUAUUUUGGGAUGUUCAGAGGCUGGGAAUACAACGACAUGUUCAGAGAGGGUGAAAAGGAUAUGAAGGAUUCUUAUAAUAUGCAAAUUGAUUAAUGCAGGACCAGGUUGUUACGCCUUGAUCACACUGAUAGCGUCAAUACACAAAGUAGUACCUAGCAUCAUUUGGAUUGUGCGCAAGAAAAGUUCAACAUUCACCUUCUGCUACCAUUUCUGUCAAGCUGUCUAUGCAUACAAUGUGAUGCAUAGCUUGAUAAAUCCAAGGUAUGCACCACAAAGAACACACUGCAACUGCCUCUGCAACGCAAUGCUGCAAGGCAAACGCAGCGUUCCAUUGGAAAUGAAUGGAUUUCUGGUGUACCAAAAUGUAUUGACGCUGUCUUUGUGAUUGAGGCAUUAGCUUUAAUAACAUUUCUAAACAAUAGUUUCUAGGACAUGGAAAGCUUAUUUUUUGGGGUGAAAUAUAUGAAUACUCUUAAGCCAUAAAGAGGGGUGAAUUGAUUCGUUCUCUCACUCCGCCCACAAGACAAUAGGAAUGGUAUGGAUGACUCAGUAUUGUCUCCUGGAAAAUACUUGAAUUUGAUCAGAACCAAAACCAGAGCCAUGCGAGGAGAGAUCCAGACAGGACUUGGUACGGUCCAUGGCUACUGGGUCACGUUGAGGGCACAUGAUGUAAUGGCUAGAAGUUCAGUCAUUCUGAAGUUACCACUUGGUGAAUGGUGAGAGUUAAAACCUGUAUAGAAACAACCUCUAGCUCAUAGCCGUAAGCUCAUAGCCCUACUCCCUAGGUGCUGGUGUAGAGCAGUGUAUACCAACUCCAGUCCUCCAGUGCCCCCAACAGCACACAUUUCUGUUGUGGCCCCAGACAAGCACACCUGAUAAAAAUUUUCAGCUAAUCGUCAAGCCCACCUCAUGUUGAAUCCGGAUUGUCCAGGGUUACAACAAAAAUGUGUGCUGUUGGGGAUACUUGAGGACUGGAGUUGGUAUACACUGCGCUACACCAGUACCUGGGGAGUAGGGCUAUUAGCUUGCGGCUAUGAGCAAAAGGUUGUUUCUAGACAGGUCCUAACUCUCACCAUUCACCAAGUGGUUGUUUUUGGAAAGACUGUUCAGUAACUAUUACCUAACUAAUGCUAAUGCUAACGGUUACUUAGCUAAACGUUAGCAGUUAGCCUACAUGGCUAACAUGUCUCCAGUUUUUGAGGGAACUCUACACUAGCCCCUGGUGGGCUGCGUGUGCGUUAUGUGGUCAGAGUACACAUUUAGAUGUUUCUUAUUGAGUGUAUUUCUGGCACUCUGUGUUAUUUAAUAGGUCUUAUAGAUCUGGGCCUUUCCUUGGCUCACUCACACCAGACGUCAGUGGAGUUGCUUCCUCUCUACACUGUGUUUUCUAUUUAAACGGAUUAGAACGUAGUGUGCAGUCUAUUUAUUUAUUUGUAUACAUCUGGCCCUCGUGAGAGGGCGCCAGCGAUUGACGUCGACAAAGCGACACGUCUCGCUAAUAGAAGAGGUGAAGAUUAUGGCGGCUUUUUAUUUGGUACAUGUUCUAAACUCAGUGUGUCAAUCAUUAUUAUUGGAGGUACACUGAAUGGCCAUACGGAUUACAUGAAACGUAUAUUGUGUUCCAAAACAUACCACAUGAAAUGUAUGGAUUGUGUUCCAAAACAUACCACAUGAAACGUAUGGGUUAUGUUCCAAAACAUACCACAUGAAAUGUAUGGGUUGUGUUCCAAAACAUACCACAUGAAACGUAUGGGUUGUGUUCCAAAACAUACCACAUGAAAUGUAUGGGUUGUGUUCCAAAACAUACCACAUGAAACGUAUGGGUUGUGUUCCAAAACAUACCACAUGAAAUGUAUGGGUUGUGUUCCAAAACAUACCACAUGAAACGUAUGGGUUGUGUUCCAAAACAUACCACUUUGUCAGUCAUUUGUCUUUUAACAAUACUGACAUGCAGUAAGUGUAAUGACAUAGGGGAAUGUAAUAAUAGCUUUCUUUCAGUGCUGAAAACCAGUCAUGACAUCAUUUUUAUAAUCACAGAAAGCAGAUGUGUCUGUAUGACUAAUGAUCUCUUCAAACUGGGCCCCUAAGAAGAUUUAGAAUUUCACCCAAUUUCUAUGUCCUAAAAUAUUCAGUGUGUUAGGUUAAACUAUGUCACAGUAUUUGACCUGUUCAGUGCCUUUUUUAGGUGGACAGGAAUCAAUAGUGUACAAAAGAAUUGGCGCAGAGAUCUAUGAGUGUAUUUUACUGUUAUGUAAAUAGGAUGUAAAGUAGUGUGUGUGUAAAAAAAACUAUUUUCCACUUCCAAUGUCUUAUUUACAUAGUUUUUUUACUAUAUAUGGUCACUCUGUUCAUAAACUUGUAUACUGUAAACUCUAUAACAGCUGCUAUUUUUAAAGGGUCGGGUUGGGUUUUAAUAUUAUAUACUAUAUGAUUUUGUUAUAUUCACGUUUUAAUAUUACAUUUACAGUGUAAAUUACAGCUUGUUUCACUCUUUUCGUCUGUCUGUCUGUCUGUCUGUCUGUCUGUCUGUCUGUCUGUCUGUCUGUCUGUCUGUCUGUCUGUCUGUCUGUCUGUCUGUCUGUCUGUCUGUCUGUCUGUCUGUCUGUCUGUCUGUCUGUCUGUCUGUCUGUCUGUCUGUCUGUCUGUCUGUCUGUCUGUCUGUCUGUCACUCUCCUAAAGUAAACCUUCAGACAAAGAUUCUUGCAGCAAACAGUUUUCUGCAACGCAUACCGUCUCAACACAAUUCAAGAUAUUCUCGGUCAAGUUCUUACUCUGGGUAUUAUUUUCCCACUUUCCAUGUCAAUCAUAUCAAUAAGACCUCAGUCUAUGGGUUUUGGAUGGCCACCGUCCACCAUGACCCAGUUCCUGACCAGAGGAUUAGCGGCAACAUUCGGUUAACGCUUACAUAACGUUUGGGCAGCGCUAGAGAUGUUCAGUUCACGCUUAGACAGCAAUUGGGCAACACUAGACACCGUGGCAUGCUUCCUCCGUCAUGUGGGGUUCUCAUUUGAUACAUGACCCCUCGGUGCUGAGGAGAAAAUGGCCGACCUGUCAGCGCUGACCUCAGCCUCAUCCGCGGUGGCUUGUCACGAACCAACCCCAAGGCUUUAUGCCUCAUCGUAACGGGAUGUGAAAUAGCUUUUUUCCUCGCUUUUGCCGGACUAACAGCCCAACAGUCAAUAGGUCACGUCUGGUGCUUCUGGGAAAUAAAUCCAUUUAAAAGAUUUGUCUGUUGGGUAAAUUCACAGUGGUGUAAAGUACAUUAAAUUACUACUUAAGUCA